AAGAAAACUUUUUAUCGUACUUUGCUUUAAUAUUACUCUGUUCACGAAGAAUACAUUAGCAUAUUAUUUUUAAGAUACAAAAUAUGGAAAAGGCUUUUUCUGAUGAUACAAUAUUUAAUACAAUAAACCAUAUGUUUAUAACAUUAAAAACGGAAGACGAAAAGGAAACUAAAAAGUACUUAGACCUGGUAAUUAACAAACUAAUAGAACACAUGAAAUUAAAUGAUUCGUUAUUUGAAAAAAUGUAUGAAAAGAAUAUUUAUUGUGGUAGCUUUUAUAAAUUGACAAAAAUAGAGAAACCAAAUGAAUUUGAUUUAAAUAUUAUUUUAAAACUUCCUGUUAAUUAUAAUUAUAUACAAAUUUUAGAGAAUCGUCCAGGUUAUGUUCAAAUAAACAUUAAAGAUGAAGCAUAUAAUAAUUCUUAUACUUACAAAAAUCUCACAGAUAAAGAAAAAAAAUGUUUGCAUAGAUAUGUUACUCCUCCUUCUAUAGUGAAUCCAGAUAUAUUUCGUUCUUGGAUUGAAAGUAUUAUAUAUAAAGUCCUUGAUAAAUUACCAAAAUUUAAGAAUAUGUCUGAAUUAAAAAUAAAUGAUUCUCCUCUUCUUAUUGCACACAUUAAAAUAAGAAAAAGUGGGCCUGCAUUUACAGUAAUAUUUAAUAUUCCACAUAAAACUGAAGAUAUAUGUAUUGAUUUAGUACCAGCAUUGACUUUUCAUAUAACUGCUAUUCGACAAUUUACUUCAAAAUUUCAUAUACUUGAGAAAUGUCGAAAUGAUAUGUGGUUUGCAAUUCCUAUACAAUUAUAUAAUAAUUUAGAUUAUAUAAAAUUUGAAAAGGAUAUCUAUUGGAGAAUUUCUUUUAGUCUUCAAGAAAAUGAAAUUCUUCGAAAAUAUGGCAACAUAAAGACAGUUAUACGUCAAAUGAAGAAAUUUAGAGACAUACAAGGAUUGAAAAAUAUAGCAAGUUAUUACAUAGAAAACUUGUUUUUGAACAAAGAGACAGAUAUAAAUAUGGAUAAAAUAUCUAGGACGUUACUACUUUUUAAGAUGCUUGAAGAACUAUAUUAUGCUUGUGAACGGCAAGAGAUAAAAUGGUUUUGGAAUGAAAAAUAUAAUUUAUUAUCAAAGAUAGGAAAAAGCAAUCUAUAUAACAUAUCUCAACGCUUAAAAAAUAUCAUAAAUGAUAUUAAAAACAAUUUCAUGGAUCAAUUCAUAAUAGCUAAAUAUAUUUUAAGUCAAAACGAAGUUAAAGAAUUAGAAGAAAGAAUACAAAAUAAUAAUGCAUACCAAGAAAAACAAGAAAAUAAUGUAACAUGUAAUAUAAUGUGA